AAGAGUGUUGGACUACACGGUCUUGUUCAGUUCUGGAGACGCUAAAGCUGAAUUUGAUAGCUUAGAGGAGAGAAAUGGCGAAUUUUCGUAGAAUUAUCUCUGCAACUACUCUAACCCUUUCUCUGAUUUCUCUGUUAUCGACAAUCAAUCUCUCUCUUGCUGUUCCAGAUGAUGUCUUCGAUCUCCUUCCUGAAUUCGGUCUUCCAAAGGGCCUCAUUCCGAACGCCGUGAAAUCCUUCUCGAUUACCGAUGAUGGAGAAUUCGAGGUGGAGCUUGAUCGCACCUGCUAUGUUCAGUUCAAUGAACUCGUGUAUUACGAUAAGAAGAUCACUGGAAGAUUGAGCUACGGUGCUGUUUCUGAUGUUACCGGUAUUCAGGCUAAGAAAUUUUUCGUCUGGGUUCCUGUUACCGGAAUCAAAGCCAAACCCAACUCGGAUUUAAUUGAAUUCUAUGUUGGGAUUUUGUCGGAGGAGUUCCCAGCUGAGCAGUUUCAGACUAUUCCCGUUUGUAAGAGCAAAGCGUAUGCGAAUCCACUGGAGACAGUACUAGAAUCUUAUGUUUCAGAGGUGUAAAUCAGUGAUACAUCCCUUCAUGGUAUAGCAAUAUCUAUUUGGACCUCUUAGGCUGGAUACUGGAUUGUGGAGGAUCGGCAUAUAAAGCUUCUUAAUAUGUUUAAUAAAUGUGAGCUUUGUCUGUUGUAGUUAUGAACUCUUAUGUCACUACGGGGAUUUGGUUUAUCUGCCAAUAAGUAUGCUUCAAAAAUGAUGUAUGUAUGUGAAUUCUGUUUGUAUACUAAAUCAUGUCAGUGAAGAAUUGUCAAAGGAUAUGACCUUUUAGUGGUUUCAUAUCUUAUGCACA